AGGCACUGUGCAGAUAUGGAAGGGACUAGGAGGUCCUCCCUUCUUCUGAGGCAAACAUACGCAGUGUAAUUUCUUGCAACUAAUAGCUUUCUUUAAGGCAUUGCAGUGGGAAGUCAUUCUUUGGAGAAGAAGUUUAAACAGUUCUGCCAAAAACAACUAAGUUUUCCAAGUUUCCAAAAUAUGAUGGAAAAUAUCCUUCAGGGUCAGCAAGCUGAACUGCAAGCCCUUCCCAGGACUGCAACCAGAAACACAGAAAGAUGGAUCCAUUCCAAGAGAGGCUGCUGAGGGUAGGAGCAGCAAGGGAAGACGUCACAGCAAACUCUGGCUCCACAGCACUGUCUGUGGAGCGGGUGGCAGCUGCUCCCGGGCAGAGCUGCAAUGGCCCAGGCACAGUUCAGCGCCUGGCUGGUCCUGUGUGUGUUUGCUGGAUCCCAGAAACUGACAGAUGAACAUCCUCACAGUGGGACCAACACCCUUCACCGCAGCCCAGAGGACGCCAACAUCAUGUUAGAGAUGCUCUGGGGAAGGCUGGAUAUUCAGGCCAACGGGACAAUCCGGCUACAGGAUGAAGAGCUGGCCUCCCUGCGCCCAGCACGGCGGUUCCUGCAGAUUUUAGAGGAUGAGGUUCCCAAAACACCAUCAGAGAUUGAGCAGCAUCUGAGAUAUUAUUCGCUGACUGAUACCCCCUUACCUCUAACAGAAUUUGACCGCCUCCUUUUCACUAGUGUAUACUCUGCCUAUCAGGUUCGUUCCAUGCAGGGUCUGGAUAAAAAUCUCUGGAUUCAUUUUUUCUCUCAGCUGGUUGAUGAAGUCUUUCGUGACCUGUGCAAGGGGCUCUGCCCUGCAAAUACCACCCUCCUCCUGGCUUCCUGGCCUUGGAAGGAGAAGCCUUUGCAUUUAGCAUCCCUGAAACACUUCUAUCAUUCUAACUUGCCCAGGACCAAGAAAGACACUUAAUGAGGGAAACUACCAUAGGAAAGGACACAUCUGACUUCAGCUGCAUCCUAGGUUAUCUUCAAUGCUUUCUACAUUAUGCAGGACUUUGUACAAAUAUACCACACCUUUUUGUCCUGCUUUCUGCACUGUACUGGCAACCCUAUAAGACUUUAUACACAACCUUUUACUUUUAAAAGAAAAAAGACAAAACUAUAAAGUGCAUUUUACCUCUCCUGAUUUUUUGCUAAGUGGUGUGUUCUGAGGGCGGCAGUGCUACUUAGAUGUCUUAUCCAUCUUGAUCACUGAUGCUUACAGGGGAGAGAGCUUGGAAGUAUUUUUCCAGGAUGUUAUGCUGGUGUCCUAGCUGACCGCAUUUCAGAUCAUUCAGUUCAGCCUCCUUAUAUUCUCCCAGUGGUUUCAGCCAAAUACAGGAUCUUUUCUCCUCUCCAGUAAGCAGCUAAGCAGAUUUUGCUGUUUUUCAUGAUACAGCUCACAUAUUUAAUUUCAUUUUUCUGCUCAUGUGGCAUCACAUUUUAUAUGUCAAUAAUAAUUUCCCAUCUCAUGUAUUCAUUUUUCUUUAAAAAGCAACCUGAAAAUGUAUGUAUUCCAUGAAGCUUUCUAGCGUUUGCAUAUCAUAUUUACACACAUACACAGCUUUGUUUCAGUUAUCAGUUUGGAAUAUACUUCCUGAAAUCUCAUUUAAAUUCUGAAGGAUUGUGACCUAGAUAUUUCUUCAGCAGAUUUUGCCUCUCUUCUAUAAAGUUUUUUUUGUACAGUUAUGGCACUUUACAAGCCAAACAUAAUAAAUAUUGAAUCUCUAUCCUCAAAAUCAGAAAUACAAUCAUUUCACAGAAAAAUAUAAUUAACAUAUCUUUGUCUUAAAAAUUGCAGUUUGGAAUUAAAUAAAUGUAAUUAUCUCCUCAGGAGGAUUUUGAUUUUCUUUUUUGUUGUUUCUACUAGGUUUCCCACUGCCACUAGAGAUAUAUUAAUUUUGAAUAUUUAUUACAUGUGCUUAGAUGAUGGAAUCCCUAAUUCCCUUUCUAUAAUUUUUCCAGCCUCAACAAAAGAGGCAUGUGCGACAUUCAAAGUGGCAACUGUUAGCUUUUGACCUAGUUAAUCUUCUUCCAAGCAAUUGCAGCCCAACAGAUGGAGAAGAGAAAUAGUAAGGCAGGAACAAGAAGCCUGGAAGCAAGAUGUCACAGACAACGGUUUUAGAGGUCAGGUUAGGGCUAUGACAGGAGGAGACAGAUUUACACAGUCAAUAAAGCAGGUUGGUUGUUGC